AUCAUGGAGAAGAUCAGGACCAUUGACUCUCCAGAGAAAUCCAUCAAUCUGUUCCACUGUCUGAAUGAACUGGGUGAUCGUUCACUAGUGGAGGAAAUACAACAGUAUCUGAAAUCUGGAAGAAUAAAGGAAGCCAAUCUCUCUUCAUCCCAGUGGUCAGCUUUAGUUUUUGUGUUGUUGACAUCAGAAGAGGAACUGAAUGAGUUUUGUUUUGAUAAAUUUGUUAAAGAAAAUAAUAAUCCUGAAAAUAUGAAAGUUCUUCAGAAGUUGCUGCCUGUGAUUAAAGAAUCCAGAUCAGUUCAGUUGAGUAAUUGUGGUGUUACAGAAGAAGGUUGUGCUGCUCUGACUUCAGCUCUGAGAUCAAACCCCUCACACCUGAGAGAACUAAGUCUGUCUGAGAAUAAACUAAGAGAUUCAGUGAAGCUGCUUUUUGAUGUACUACGGGAUCCUCGCUGUAAACUGGAGAAACUGUGGUUGAGUGAUUGUGGCAUCACAGAUGAAGGUUGUGCUGCUCUGACUUCAGCUCUGAAAUCAAACCCCUCACACCUGAGAGAACUGGAUCUGUCGUGGAAUAAACUAAGAGAUUCAGUGAAGCUGCUUUCUGAUGUACUACAGGAUCCUCGCUGUAAACUGGAGAAACUGUGGUUGAGAUAUUGUGGCGUCACAGAUGAAGGUUGUUCUGCUCUGACUUCAGCUCUGAGAUCAAACCCCUCACACCUGAGAGAACUGGAUCUGUCUGGGAAUAAACUAAGAGAUUCAGUGAAGCUGCUUUCUGAUGUACUACAGGAUCCUCGCUGUAAACUGGUGAAACCGUGGUUGAGAGAUUGUGGUGUCACAGAUGAAGCUUGUGCUGCUCUGACUUCAGCUCUGAGAUCAAACCCUUCACACCUGAGAGAACUGAUUCUGUUUGGAAAUAAUCUAAGAGAUUCUAGUAAGAACUUACUCUCUGAUAUGGAGAUGGAUCCACAUGAUAAACACAUGAUAAAAAAAUUAUUGUAG